GGGUGGAGAGAGCAGUAGAGGAAUGGCAGAAGGAGAACAGGAGACAAAGAAAAUCUCGUUAAUCUGGAUCACAGCAAAAACACCAAGAUGCAAAGCCUCCGAGAUCAGGACGCUCUGAUCCCUCGGCCUCGAGGGAAUUUGCCUCAGGUGUGUGGUGCGGCGCUGGCUGCCGUAACAAUAGGAAGCAUGGUGUGUCUGUCCCCUGAAAGGUUAUUUGGCUGGGUUGCCAUGGUAAUACUCAUCCUGACCCUUGGUCCUCUGCUGCACGGGCUCUGUAUGCUGGUUGAAGAGUUGCUGUACCAUUCAAACACAAGGUAUCGAGGUCAAGGGCUGCUGAGCCACGUGCUGCCAGCCUGUGGUUUGAGGGGAAAGACCCUGCUGGCUGCAGGGCUGGCAGGCAUUGUGCUCCACCUGGCUGGAUAUCCUCUGCCACACAAAGGCCAGUGCUGGAAACUCCUCUUCCUGGCCUCGGUUCUUUACACACUGUUUAAAAGCCUGGGACUCGUGGGUCCAUCGGAGGUGGAGGUGUCAGACAUCUGCGAGGGGAGGAAGAUGAAUGUGGCCCACGGCCUGGCCUGGUCCUUCUACUUGGGUUACUUGCAACUAGUGCUACCACGCUUGGAGGAUUCCAUCGCAUCAUUUUGUGCCACCCAUCAGGCCAGCGGCCCUUCCUGGGGUCGCGGCUCCAGGAAGCUCCUAAUCCUCAUUCCUCUCAAUGCCAACAUCUCUCACAAUCUAGAGGAAGAGGACGACAACAUCCGUUUUUACGAUAACCUCCAAAACAAUGAGAUAGACAGAGCAGGAGUCCGGGGCCGGGUCUAUAAGCACAGUGCCUACAGAGUACUGGACGAUCAUGGGAAGGCCCAUGAGUGUGUGGUGGAGUAUGCUACGCCUUUGCUGACGCUCUACAGGAUGUCCCAGGAGCGCAGUGCUGGUUUUGGGGAGCCUGAGCGCAGGCAGCAGGUUCUGCUCUUCUACAGGACCCUGCAGGACAUCCUGGAGCACUCGCUGGAGUGUCGAAACCGUUACAAACUCAUCCUGCUCAGUGACGAGCAUGAGGACGACCCUCGCUUCCUGUCCAAGGCCAUCCUCAGACACCUGCAGCAGCAGGAGAAAGAAGAGUUCUGCCUCACCCCACCUCCUCAACAGGAGAUGCCGUACCCAUUAGCGGGUACUUCAACUGCCUCGACAAGUGCUCCAAUCAUAAACCACCCAGAGCCAAUGAGCAGGGAGCCCACGCUCAUGUUCAGCCUCCCUCAACCUCUGAGGGAACCUGUUGAGGACACCGACUAUUACCACUGACCAACAUAAAAACAUACUCAUGCACAGAGAGAGAGGAACAUGAUCACACACAGAAUACACACACACACACACACCUUAAC